CCUCCCGCCCCUUCCCCGCCACCCUAUAUGUGGCCCGCCACGGCGGCCCGGGCAUGGAGCGUGCCGCCUGCCCGCGACGAUGGAGCUGGCGGAGCCGCACCUGCUGGACGCGCUGGCCUACCUGGAGGGCUUCUUCGGUCUCCUGGGCUUCGUGGUCCUGCAGUGGGUGGGCUCGCCUUACGGCCGCUACUCGCCGCAGUGGUCCGGGCCCCGGGUGCCCGCGCGGGCCGCCUGGCUCCUGCAGGAGCUGCCGUCGCUGGCCUGGCCGCUGUACGAGUGCGCCCGCGCGCGCGCCCUGCGCCUCGCCAGCUGGCCCAACCGCAUCCUCCUGGCCAUGUUUGUGCUGCACUACAUGCACAGGACCUUGAUUUUCCCACUACUCAUCCGAGGAGGGAAGCCGACACUGCUGUUCUCCUAUGUGUUGGCAUUCAUCUUCUGUACCUAUAAUGGCUACUUGCAGAGCCGGUACCUCAGCCAGUACGCGGUAUAUCCUGAGCCCUGGGUGACCCACCCCUGGUUUCUAGCAGGUUUUGUCUUGUGGUUAUUGGGCAUGGUGAUAAACAUCCACUCAGACCACAUCCUGAGGAAUCUCAGAAAACCAGGGGAGACUGGAUAUAAAAUACCCAGGGGAGGCUUGUUUGAAUAUGUCACUGCAGCCAAUUAUUUUGGGGAAGUCAUAGAGUGGAGCGGCUUUGCACUGGCCAGCUGGUCUCUCCAAGGCGGGGUGUUUGCUCUCUUCACAUUUUGUAUUCUAAUCACCAGAGCAAAACAGCAUCACCAGUGGUACCUGGAGAAGUUUGAAGAUUACCCGAAGUCUAGAAAAAUCAUGAUUCCCUUUGUGUAUUAGGUUGACUGUGGGCAAGAUGGCCUUCAGCUGGGAGCUGUGCGGGGCAGCCCCAUACUUCCCUCUCCCCUUUCUCUGCCCCCCACUGCCCUCUCCCCCUUCCCUGCUGUUUCCAGGACUCCCUGCUGCAGGGUGGUUUCUUCCUAGUAAAUUUACAAGGCACUUAGUUAAAGGCUAAUCAGACUGCACUUCAGGUGGAGGAUGCCCGCCAGGUCAGGCAGGAUUCUCCAGCUCUCUAGGUUAAAAUUCACCUCUGAGCUGUGGCGGCUCACUCUGUAGGACUGGGAUCUAUCGCGGAAGGACACGUUUCACUUCCACUGUCCUGAGGCAGUCCUGUCUGCAAGGUCAAUGGCAGCACACCCCUCCUCCAGGACUCCCUAGAGGCCCUGGCUGGCCCAGGCUGGCCCCAGCUGGCCCCAGCGAUCUUGUUCUGUACCUGCUAUGUGGGUGAACUUGCUGAUACGGAAGGGAGCUGCUGCUCAUGGGGGCUGGGCGAAGGUGUCUAGCUGUUGGCCUCUCCCAGCUUUUGCCCAGCCCAGCUUGCUAGAUGAGCUGAAGGACAGAGAGGGGCCACUGACUGCCUCUAAAGAACAGGGGCCCUAUACCUGCUCAAGACCUUCCCACCCCAAGAUUUUUGAGAUUAGAUAGCUGGAUGCCGGGCAGAUGGAGAGGAGAGGAGCAGGAGCGCUUGUCUGCGGUGGCGCUUUCUUCGUGAGCUGUGAGGUUUUCUCAAGGCUUUUCUUGUUUCUCUUAAUCUAAGCUGCUUUGCAUUGUGAGGAUUUCCUGGUUCUCAGUUUUUAAAUUCCUACUUUUUCUUUACUUUUAUUCUUCUGGCCUUGGUUACUUCUUUUUGUUUAUCAGUGCUUGAAAAGAAAGCUGAAUUCGUUUGUUCUUAGCAAGUACGAGUUCAGGUGUAAGGCCAGGUGUUCCUUAACUUUAAUAAUGAGCUUAUAAUUAUCUGAAUUAUCUCUUAGGCUUUCUUUGAGCUAGAGAUUUUGAGGGAAAUAAUUUAUCUUUAAGAUGAUGUUUUCUACUUUUCACCCACUUGGAAGAUCUUAUUGAAAGGUUUUAUUGUUCUACUUCUGAUGUGUGGAUAGAGAUUAUUUUCUAUGAAUUUUCUUCCCUGUGGAUUUUAAGUUUUCUCGAAAUCCUAGAGAAUGGUCAUCUUGGACAAGUAUGGUGGGUCAUGCCUGUAACCCCAGCUACUUGGGAGGCAGAAUAGGAAUCUAUUGUGAGCUGAAGCCAGCUGGGGUGACUCAAAAACCAAGCUGGAGUGGACCAGUUAUGAGGGAGGCUGAUGGAGGAGGAUCACAAUCUGAGGCUAAUCCUGGUCUCAGGCAAGAAAAUGAGAACCCCUAAAACACAAAAACCAAAGGCCUAAGAAUAUGAGGCUCAAGUAGCAGAGCAGUUCAGUAUAAUUCUUCAGUUCACUUCUCAGUACCACAAAACAAAGAAGAAAAAGGAAGAGGGAACACGUUUUAUAACCUUAACAAGACCACUCUGUGUGUGUGUGUGUGUGUGUGUGUGUGUGUGGGCGCGCGCGUG